AUGGUGGAGAGAUCAGGGAACAGUGCUGUUCCCGGUAAUGGCUGCGACAAGACAUCGGGGAACAAGAUGCUUGCCCAACCACCUCUAAGUCUGAUCGAGCUUGCGUGGGUUGAGCAGCAUUCAAAGCAUGCUGAAACCAAGACAGCGCUUAGCGCUGCCCUAGAACAUCUGAGAUCGAUCCUCAUCUUGAGCUAUGACAACGUGCGCGAGGACCAAGAAAAUGCCCACGGGCUAUUCAAAUGA